AGUACACUCCCUCCACACACACUAUUCAGUUUUGAGAAGAAGGGUAUCUCCAAACCCUAGCUUCCCCACAUUCCUCUCUCUCUCUCUCCGUUUCCGCUCAUGCUUCCGCAUUUUCACUCGGCGUUGUUUCGCUGAUCUGUAUUUUGAGAUUUGAUCUGAUCUCGCGUCGGAUUUUGAUUUGAAUUUUUUUUGUCCUUGAUUCGUGCGCUGUGGUUUGCGGAAUCGUUGCAUGUUAGCCGGAGAUGGCGUCUGCGUGCGUGAAUAACAUCGGAAUGUCGCCGGAGAAUUUCCUCGACUGUCCUCCGGCGGCGUUCCCGUCGUACGGCUGGCUGAGCCCGAGGAUUUCCUUCAGCCGCGAGUUUCCCGACGAGGAAGCCUCGAAAGGCGCGGCGAAUCGGUCGUCGCCGAAGCGCCUGCCGAUGGCGGAGGAGGAGAAGCUGGAGGAGCCAGAUCCGGAGGUCUCCAGCAAGGAUUUCGUCGAUUUCGAGUUCCGCCUCGAAGAUCCGGUGGCGAUGCUCCCCGCCGAUGAGCUUUUCGCCGACGGAAAACUCGUGCCGCUCCACCUCUCCUCCAUCCGCCACUCGAUGACGUCGGUUCCGGCGUUUUCCGAAGCCAGAUCUCCGGAUACGCCGAGCUACCGGCGGAGGAAUGAGAUAUCGUCGAGAGAUCCGUAUUUGUUUUCUCCCAAGGCGCCUCGGUGCUCGAGCCGGUGGAAGGAGCUUCUCGGCUUGAAGAAGCUGUACCAGAACAGCAAUUUGAAGCAGGAGGAUCCGAGAACGGCGUCGUCUCUAUCCUCGAAUAGCAACAACAGAAACUCCUCCAGAGGCCUCAAGAACUUGCUUCAACGCAGCUCCAAGUCGUCAUUGAAUACAUCCAUCGAUUCAUCCUUAAAUCAACCGCUCUUAAAGGACUCUGACAACGAAUCAAUAUCCAUCUCGUCCAGGCUCUCUCUCUCAUCGUCCUCCUCUGGCCACGAGCACGACGAUCUCCCUCGCCUCUCGCUCGAUUCAGAAAAACCUAGCCGCAACGCUCAUCAAUCCACCGCCAGCAAUCUCGCCAGAGUCCGAUUGUCCAAGUAUAAAUCGGCGGCAAUGUCAUCGGAAAACCGCACGGCGCCGUGUCGGUCCAGCCGCAGCCCGAUGCGAAGAGCUCCUGAAAUCGUCGUUCCAGUCCGCGGCGUUUCCGUCGACAGUCCUCGGAUGAACUCCUCCGGCAAAAUCGUGUUCCACAGCUUGGAGAGAAGCUCCAGCAGCCCAAGCACCUUCAACGGCGGGCCGAGACACAAGCAUCGAGGAAUGGAGCGGUCGUAUUCCGCCAACGUCCGCGUCACUCCCGUCCUCAACGUGCCGGUGUGCUCCCUCCGCGGCUCCUCCAAAUCCGUCGUUUUCGGUUUUCCAUUGUUCGCUUCGCAACCGAGGAAAGAAACCGGCGGCGGCGGUAGCAGCGCUGGGAACAGAAGUCAGUAUAGUCACAGCAAGAACCGCACAGAUCGAACUUGAGAGAGAGGAAUCAGAAUCAGAAUCAGGCUUAGAGUUUUUGUUUUUUGGGUAAUGCUAAACCUUCCGCUUACUCUUUUUUCCCCCUUUCUUCGAAUAAUUGGGAGUUUGAGGUUCAGCAUUACGUUCUCUCUGAAUGAAGGUUCGUUUUCCAAUUGAUUUUUUCCUUUCCUUGACAAAAUUUCAAUAGUAUUAUGUACAUAAGUAAAAUUCCGGUGAGUUUGUUGUUGUUGGUGCUAACUCUCAUUAUUCGAAAAGCAAAAUAUUCUCGGCCUUGUCUGUAACGAGAUUUGUUUGGAGAUGAGGUUCUCUUUUUCAUCAUAUCUGCUUUUGAUUACCGGAAAGUUAAAUGGAAUCUCUGUUUUUUCUA